AUGUGCUCGAAUGCGCGUUUGCGUGCUGUCCUUCAUUUGAGGGUGCAGAUCAGGGAUAUUAUUGUUGUGGACCUGAUGACACACAGCGAAUCACUGAUGGACAUACACGAGCUGAACGAUUUGUGGCCUAUGGCAGUACAUUCCAGUAAGAUUGAUUACACUUUGCUCAUAAUCGGCCUAAUCGUCUCUAUCAUUCUGUCGAUUCUUCUUUCAUUCUUCUGUUGUCUUCUUUGCAAUGGCUGCUGGCUCCAUCGUCGACGAAAUCCACACCUUUAUGAGACCGUGAACGAAAGUGGCUGGUACCCGAUUU